GAACAAGGAUUGUUGAUACCUUACGUGAGACGACUACUGUUGGCAUAACGAUAGCUGGCUAGUGAGAGACGGUGACUGUUGUCUACCAACAUGUAAAUCAAUUCAUAUUCUCAUUUAGCCUCCUGUGGUAACUGUUUCCCAGAAGAGUGCAGGUUAGCCUCAAUCCCAGGCCGCACUUUUUUCAAUGGAAGGCCUGUGAAAGAGAAGGGCUCUGAAAGAGGCUAAGUGCAGCACAAUAUUCAGUGAGUGAUGAGAGACCAUGUCCAACAGAAUUAGUCACUUUCACCUGCACUGCUCCUGGAAAUUCUUUGAGAUGGGAGCCAUCAGAUGUUUCUCGCAUCACUGUUCGCUCCACCUCCAAUAUCAGUAUGCUGCUAAUGCAUUCUGGUUACACUGUGACACUGAUUGCAUUCAAUGAUACUACAUUAACAUCUACUCUGUCAAGAACAGCAGAGAAUGGGAUCACUGUGUCUUGUGUGGACCCACAGCCUACUCUAACCACUAUAGGAUCUUCAAUGAUCCAAUUGAUUAAUCCACCAGGGCCACUUUCCACCAUAAGACACUUCACUUCGAGCAGCUCAGCCAAUGGAGUCAGUGUGACUAUUGGUUGGGACGCUCCUACUGAGACUGUUGGUAGAGAUAACCUCACCUACACAGUGACCAUAUUACCUUCGGCCCCGCUCUCUGCUACUGUCCUCACAUCCACCUCUGUCACUGUGACUGCUCAAUACAAUGUGGACUACACUGUCAGUGUUGUGGCUACCAACUGUGCUGGAAAUAGUACAACCGCUGACUACAACUUUAAGAUUGAUGGAGAGCGGGACAAGAACACAGGAGAGAUUAUCUGCAGAAAUGAAUCAUGCAGUGUGGCAGUAACACGUGGGAACGUUGCUGCUAUAGCUGGAGGUGUUGUUGGUGGUAUAGUAGUCAUGUUACUCAUCAUUUUAGGGGCAAUAGUUUUGUUAGUGGUUUUCAGAAGAAUGGGAAAAGAAAGUACACUCAAAUCAAAUAAUAGUACGGAAAUGGAUGAUAUAAUUAAUAACCCUGCUUCAUUAACCUACGAUGAGGUUACCGUCAACAGUGAAAAGAGCGCUCAGAGACUACCUUCCUAUGGACAGCUCGGUAUUGUGGCCACAUUGGAGCCAGUCGUCUAUGCUGUCCUUAGCUCCAGCCAGAAAAACAACACAACUAGUACUACCACAGCAAACCAACAUCAGGUGACCUACGCCACUGUGGAUAUUGAUGCCACUAAGAAACAAUCAGCCAAGGCAGCCACCCUCCCAGCCAGCCCAACAGUGCACUCUCACCAACAAACAUCCUCAGCCCCGGCAGAUGUGGACAAGCUCCUGGACAUUGACCAGGCCUUGGUGCAGAUCCGGUCAAUGAAGCACAAGUGGAGGGAGCUUGCUGAGAGUGUGAGGCUGCCGGAGACAAUGAUUGAACAGAUUGAGGAGUCAUGUUGCAAUGACAGUGCUGGCUGUUUAACGGAGGUGAUUAACCAAUGGAGUUGCUCUGAACAACCAAUAACCUGGAGGGAGCUGGCUGAUCAUCUCAGUAAGAUCGGAGAAGAGCAACUGUCAAAGGAUCUCAUGACUAUUCACGGGACUAGUUGUCUCCCUGUGGAGUUGAACUCUUGCUUGGCAACACCAAAUACUUCGUAUAAGUACGACAAAACCCCACUCCUCCCCUCUAAAUCCCCCACAGUGACAGAUGACAGUCCGGGACUACUAAAUACACUCACACCCUCACGCCCUCCUAAAUCAACUGGUGAGAUGGUUCCACCCCGCCCCCCUAAACCAGCCCCUAACAACGAACCCCCGGCACUUCCACACCCCAUGAAGCAAUACGCCAAGCACUAGGUGUGUGGUACAGAAUACAACAAUUCUUUUAGCACAAGAAUCAACUCAACACAUGACUUCAAUUUUAUUCUGUGUUUGUUUAUCCCCGUAGUUUAGUCACAAUUACUUAAUUUUCAUGCAGCUUACAUGUUAAAAAAGUUUAUCAUUCAAGUUAGGUAUUCAUUUGGUGUUGUCUCAAAUAUUAUUACUUUUAUCCAUGAA